AUGCUCGCGGGCGCGCCCCGCGCGCGUCCGCGCGACGUCGGCGCGCGUCGACGACGCCCCGCGUCGCGCGGAAGCGUCGCGGCGCGGACGCGCGCCGCCGCCGCCUCGCGCGAGUGCAGGCACUACGUCAACCUGAAGAACGGCAUCGAGGCGCUGCCGACGCUGCGCGACGACCUGGGCGUGCGCUCGUACGAGUUCGUUCGCAUACAGAGCUCGCUGCUCGAGAACGGGGACUGCGAGAAGAUGAUCUUGGAGCUCGACGCGUCGCUGCUGCUCAACCUGGCGCUCGGGCGGUCGUGCUUCGUGUGGGACUUUGGAUCGCGCGACGUCGUCAAGGGGCGAGGCAAUCCGCGCGCGCUGUGGUACGGGGCGGAGUUCAUUCGAUACGCGCUGCGGAAGGAGUGGUUUCCCGAGGGCGUGGGGGACGCCGCGCGACGCGAAAACGUGCCGGUGGUGCGCGGGAAGCAAGUCGAGCGCGAGUGGGCGACGAAAUUGACCAUGUUCGGUCGCUCGGCGAAGCGCAAGAUUCGGUAUUACAGACAAUUCAUUCCGGACGACGUGCGCGACGUGCGAUUGAUCGGGGUGUACAGACCGACGACGCACGACGACGACGCCGAAUACUAUCGCGAGGUGCUGUUGCGACACGAGUUCGGUGACGGAGGGGACGUUCCGGACGUCGUGCGCGACGAGCGCGAGACGAUCGAGGCGAUCAAGAGGUUGUCGUACAAUAUAUUUUUUGCCGGCGUGGAGGAGCCGGCGUGGUUGAACCAAAAGUAA